AUGGCGUUGAAAAAAUUAUCUAACGAUGUUCAGUCGUUAUUGUGUGCAUCUUCUCAAGUUAAUAGCUUCAAGAGAGCCAUUGAAGAAUUAAUUUACAAUUCACUAGACGCAGGAUCAACAUCGAUUGCGAUAAGGAUACACAUUCAAGAAAGUACAAUACAAGUUAUAGAUAAUGGACAUGGAAUCACAAAAACCGAUUUCCAUUUAAUCGGUCAAAGAUAUAUGACAAGUAAAACUAUGGAUGUGGCAACUAUGAAAGCAGCUCCGAAGAACUAUGGAUAUCGUGGGGAAUUCCUAGCAAAUGUUAUUGCAGUGUCACAAAUGGUUAAAGUGACUUCAAGGCAUGAAAGUUCUGAAGACACGUGGGCUAAGAUAUUUUCUAAUGGUAAAGAGAAGAAGCUCAUUAAAAUGACUACAAGGCCUACGAAAGGAACUACGGUAGACAUCAAAGGCUUCCUCUACAAUCUUAACAUACAAAAAAGAGGUAUAGAUCCUGUAAAUGAGCUACAGAACAUCAAAAUGUUUCUUGAACAAUUAUCACUAGUCCAUAAUCAUAUAUCACUAAGUAUAAGAGAUGAUUUGCAAAAUGAAAUUGUGUUUAAAAUUCAUAAGAAAAGAAAUAUCUAUCAAACAUUAUCGAAUGUAUUUAAUAUCGAUAAGAGUGAUGUACAAGAACUUCAAGUGGAGAAAAAUGAAUACAAAGUUAAAGGUUUAAUAGGAAAAGGUAAUAACGAGCUUGACUUACACUGGAUCUAUGUCAAUGGGAAGUUUAUACAUAACAGUAGCAAGCUACAUAAGAUUACAAACGAAUAUUUUAAGAAAUGUCUGAACAUUAAGGAACAGACGCGACUAAAAUCCAAGAGACAUGACGAAAGUCAACUAUUUAAUCAAAACAUUCCUUAUUACAUUAUAUUUGUAACUUGCCCAUACAUUGAUUAUGAUAUUGACUAUGCAACGAAACAAGCAAUCAUACAAUUUAAAAAUUGGGACCAACUGAAUAAGAUGCUAGAAAAAUUAGUAAAAUUCUUCGUUGGUGACGUUAAUUUAAAAGAAGUCAAAAAUGUCGAAAAGAUUGUCUCAAAUGCCGAUAAAGAAAACAAUGACACUCGAGAUCAAGUAAAGAAAAUUAUAGAUAAAAUAUUAGGAAAUAACUCGAAGAAGUUGGGAAUUUCACAAUUACAGAACGGUAUAAAAGGAAAGCUAGUAAAAAGAAAAAAUAAAAAGAAGACGACAGGAAGUGUUAAUGUUCAAAGAUUGUUAUUCAAAAAAGAGACAAAUACAAAUUUUGAUGAUAAAUGCCAAUUGAUGAGUAAUAUACUUCCGAAUUUGAAUCACAAUGCCCCACAACAGGUAAAAGAGAAAGCUGAUAAUAAAGAUAAGCUAACAGUACACAAAGUACGCGAAAGCCCUAACCAUUGUCGCAAACGAAAAAAGAUACCUAAACAAAAGAAACAUCCAAUCAAAGAGAUUCCAAGACCAAACAAAAGAAUUAAAGACCUUACUUCACCGGUACUACAAAUGAACCAGAACAAUGCAUUCCCAAAGAUAAAAAAUAAUACUAUGAAACAAAAGCAACUACCGAAAAACAAAAAUAAAAUAAAAAGCAAUAAACAUGAAUUACAUUAUUUGAAAAAUACUGAUUCAGUCUAUAAAAGAAGCAAAAUCGUAGCCCAAGAAGCAGAAGAAUUUUUACGCAAUAACAAUAUCACAAAAAUAAAACCCAAUAUAAAUUACUAUGAAGAAAAGAAAAACCCACUAUUAUUAAAAAGCAAAUAUUGUGCAAUAAACGAAUAUGAACAGCCAAUCAAUAAGGUAAAUUACCAGUACUUAAUGAGUAAAUUAAAAACAAAGCCAUAUAAAACAACGUACGACUUACUUCAAACGAUUAUGAACAGUCAGAAGCUAAUUUUGAAUACUGUAGAAAGCAACAAAAGUGAGGAAUUGGACAAAGCAUUAUACAGAAAACGAGAUAUACAACUUCAUUUCCCUAAACUCUCCAAAAGAUACAUAACUAAUAAAUUUAUUUGUAAUGAAUAUCCAGACGUUGAUGGCAAAAAUAUAAACGAAAUUUCUCUAUUUAGGAGUAACAUCAAAGAACAGCAUACGCCAUAUCAUUAUGGCGAUAAUUUUAAUGAAAUUCUUAGCUUUUACAGAGAAAAUGAAGGCAAUACACCUCAAAUUGCGCAAAGAUUUCAACUUACAGAUACAUUUAAUUGUUAUCAAAAAUAUGCAAUGCAAAAAGAAACAUCACAUCCUGUUACAAACGCCCUGAGCUUGUUAACAUACGACAGUCACAAAUAUCGAAAUAAUGAAGCUUUUGAACGAAACGAAACUGAAAACUGUUGCACUAUAAAUAGAAAGCCAAAUAUUAGAUUUAUUACAAAACAGUCUAAAGAUAAUUUUGCUACAUCCGAUGAUUUAAGAGUUAAAUUUAAAAGACCUCGUAAGAUAAUAUCCAACAGACAAACAAAAACAUACGAUGUACGAAGAAUACAAAGCAUAACUGAAUCACUGUAUACAAUUGAGUAUUCCAAAAGCAGUGAAAAUAAUUUUGGCGUAGCAGAAAAUGAAAUUGUUUCUAUGAAUAUGAAUUAUGAGAAUAUCGAUGACUGUUAUAAAAAUCAAGGCAAGAAUAUAUGUGAUGAUGCAUUUGCGAUGAUUGAUGAAGCUUUUGGGAAUACUUAUACACUAAACUCAUUUCACGUUAACAUUGCAACACAAAAUUCAAGGAAUAAGACACAAAAAAAAUGUGAAUCUAACCAACUACUUGGUCUCUAUGAUAGUCGUAAUGAAGUAAAUGGUGUACACAGUCAACCUAAGAACAAUUGUACUACUAAUAAAAAUAACACUAACUUUGUAUUUGUAUCCAAAUCACAAUGUUCUACAAACGCUAAGGAACCUGAGUGCAGUAAUAUGAUUGUCGAACCAUUAGACGUAUGUGAAACAGUUUUACGCGACAUCGGAUCAGGUGAAAGAGAAUUUGAUUUUACAUUUAACGAAAAUCACCAAAGGAAUGAUUCCCUAUACAACAUCUCUCCUAAUAUUAAAAUUGUUAAUGAACAUCAAAAUCAAGACUGUUUAAUUAAUUUAAAUAAAGCGGUUAACAAUAACGGAGAAGAUGUUUCACAUCAUUUUAACAACUUAAUACAAGCUACAGAAAAUAAACAAAUGAACGAUAAUUAUAAUAUUGACAACAACAUUCAAGAUCAGGAGCUUUUAGAAAAAAGCCAACCUAGACCUAUAAAUAAAAACGUAAUAAUUAAUGAUUCCACUGAUAUCAACGUUAUAGACAACAUGAAUGUAAAGCAGGAUUGUAAUGUGGAAAUCGAUAAUUUCAAUUUAAGAAAUAGACCACGUUUUGUACCUAAAGGUAUGUCUCAAAUAUUUGAAAAUUGUCGCUCCAAAACUGCAUGUGACUACAAUAUAGAUAAAGAUUAUUAUGAAGAUAGCAUUUAUAACAAUUUUGUCAAUGACGUUCAAGCCAACACUGAAAUAUAUGAGCCAAUGAUACAAAAUGUUGAAGAACUUGCAACAAAAAAUGUUCACAAGUUUCAAACUAAAGUAAAGAAAGAUCACGCAUCUUUAGUUUUUGAUGAGAAUUCAUUGAAAAAUGCUGCGGUUCUUGGUCAAGUUGAUUGUAAAUUUAUUGCAGCAGUAAUGGAAAACCAUUGUGUUGAACAAACAGAAACUUCACAAUAUCUCAUGUUAUUUGAUCAACAUGCCGUUCAUGAGAGAAUAAGACUAGAAAAGAACUUAGCAGAUUACAUCAUUGAUGACAAAUGGACUAGUGUAACAGUAGAUAAUAUGAUUUUGAAGAUGUCGAAAGAUGAAAUUCUUUACCUGCAUAACUAUAAAGAUAAGUUCAAUCAGUUAGGUCUAUUUUGGACUAUUUCAGAUGCAAACGAAGUGAUAGUUCAUUCUAUACCUGAGGCUAUUAUCGGUAAAAAUCCUAGAGAGGUUGAUAAGGUAAUAAAGGCCGUAAGAAAUAUGAUUGUCGAAGAAAUCAGUGCUAUUAAGUUGCAAAAAGGAUGCAUGUCGUUGUACCCAAAGAGUAUUAUGGAUUUAGUUUUUAGUGAGGCUUGCCGUUAUGCCAUAAAAUUUGGUGAUCAACUUCCGAAGAAUGAUUGCGUCGAAUUGAUAAAUGGAUUGUCGAACUGCAAGACACCAUUUCAAUGCGCACAUGGAAGGCCUGUGAUGGCAGUCAUAAUGGAUAUCAAAGAAGAUAAUAGAGAAUAUAAGGUAAACAUGGAACAAUUAAAACGAUUUAAGAAAAUAAAUUAA